AUGAAAGUCAAAAUGGAUCCUGCUCAACAAUCGAAACGCAUCCAAGAAGUCAUUCAAAUAUGGAACAACAUCGAUGGGUUGUUUACAUAAAUGAAAUCUACAUCCAAAAUCUCCAAUGCUUAAAUUCAAGAGCAUGCAAAUAACAUUAAUAAAUUACUUAAAUCUCAUCCCAAUUCGAAGUUUCUUGAGACCUUCUUUUCACACUUUGACCAAUUCCAAUCAAAAUUGAAUGAGCACAUCAAUGAACAUCAAGAAUUAGGGAUUCAAGGCGAAAAUAUCUUCAGCAAUUUGGACUCGCUUAAUAGUAAAUUCACUAAGUGGGGAUACGCAUCUCGUCUGGGAUGCACACAAUCACUCAUUAAAUAUAAUUGA